AUGCUCACUAGCAUCUUCACAACCUUGGGAUCAGCCUCAAAGUCGAAUUCUGUGGAUAUGGUUGAGCAUCCAGAGCACGGAGAAGAUGAUAUACAUGGGCCUGCUGCUUCUUCCUUCAAUCCCCAUCCAUAUUCUGCCAUUCAGCUACCAUUCUGUCAUUCAGCUACCAUUCCGCCAUUGCCAUCUCGCCAUUUCACCAUCACUAAAUCUUGCCAUUCUCUGCUCUUCGGCUGCCAUUGCGCCAUCCAUCAUUUACCUAUUAAUACCCCCAUUGAGACUAUUGGCCAUACUUUCAUGUCAAUGUCCGUUUACACCUGUGUGUGCAAGCUCACUUUCACGGAACAAAACUACUUCAGUCAGCACCAGCACUCGUGUGCUCAUACCAAGAAGCAUCUGUUGUCUGCUAUAUCUUCUUUCAAGGAGUUCGCCAGCCGCAGGAAAAAGUUGCGCACUUCCUCCAAUGAGGAUGCUCCUGUGAGAGCCAUAGACUCAUCCAUUCCAUCAUCGAAUUUCCCCGCCCUUCGCCCUCCCUCAGGGGAGCUGUUGCAACAGCCCAGAGUUGCUGGUAGUCCACCCAACUCCCCAUUAGCUUCUGCCACAGAGGUUGUACCCCCUGACUGUGAAAUAGGGGAAAUUGAUGGAGAGGAUUUGAGCUUGGCACAAUGCCGACCGAGACGGCAGAAUCGCCAGCUACCCAAGCGUUUCAGGGACAUACUACCUCAGCCUCCACCUACUGUACCCUUGGAUGUCCGCGAAUGA